UGAAUGUGAUCGUUAUAGACCUAUUAUUACGUUGUAGUUGACAGACAACAACUCGGCCAAGAAACAUGUCAUCGUUUGCUCCCACGUCCACGUCGUCUGCUGGAAAUAAAAAUGCACAGUUUGCACAGUACGAUGCACCUGACGCAGUUUAUUUCCCAGGCAUACCAGCAAUUCCGUUUAAACCUGAUGCUGGACCAAACGAAACAAUGGUUUACAAAACAUAUAAUCCAAAACAGGUUGUUAAUGGAAGAAGUAUGGAAGACUGGUUGAGAUAUUCUGUAUGUUUCUGGCACACAUUCCGUGGAACAGGUGCUGACCCUUUUGGUUUCCCCACAUUAAUACGACCAUGGGAUGAUGGAAGUGACAGUUUAGCUAAUGCCAAACGACGUAUGAGAGCUGGUUUUGAAUUCUUUUCUAAAUUGGGGGUAAAAUACUGGGCCUUCCACGACAGAGAUAUAGCCCCAGAAGGUGCCGAUUUGGCAGAAUCCAACAAAAAUCUCGACGUUCUUGUUGAUUUAGCCGAAGAACUCCAAAAGAAGACUGGAGUCAAGUUGCUUUGGGCGACAUGUAACCUUUUUGCUCACCCAAGGUAUAUGAAUGGAGCCAGUACUAACCCCGAUGCCCAUGUUUUGGCUUACGGUGCCGCUCAAGUGAAGAAGGGUUUGGAAGUAGCUAAAAGACUGGGUGCUGAAAACUUCGUAUUUUGGGGAGGUCGCGAAGGAUACCAUUCCCUCCUCAAUACUAAUGUAAGACGAGAAUUGGAUCACAUGGCAGCAUUUUUUAAAAUGGCUGUAGCGUAUAAGAAAAAGAUAGGCUUUACUGGAACUUUAUUGAUUGAACCAAAACCAAAAGAACCAACCAGACAUCAGUAUGAUUAUGAUGCAAUGACUGUGAUCGCCUUUCUUAAGAAUUAUGGUUUAGACACAGAAUUUAAGUUAAACAUUGAACCCAAUCACACAACAUUGGCUGGACAUUGUUAUGAACAUGACGUCACUGUUGCUGCUGCAUAUGGACUAUUAGGGUCUAUAGACUCGAACACGGGAUCUCCAGAUUUAGGUUGGGAUACUGACCAAUUCCCUAUGGAUAUUAAAAAUACCACAGCUGUAAUGAAGGUUGUUUUAGAACAAGGUGGUAUACAACCAGGUGGUUUAAACUUUGAUUGUAAAGUAAGAAGAGAAUCUAUUGAACUUAUGGACAUGUUUAUAGCUCAUAUUGGUGCCAUGGACGCCUUUGCAAGAGGAUUAUUAUGUGCUGCUAAAAUAUUAGCCGAAGGUGUCAUCAGUAAACAAGUAGCUGAACGUUAUUCAAGUUUUGAUAGUGGUAUUGGUGCUCGAGUUGAAAAGGGAGAAGCCACAUUUGAAGAACUCGAAAAAUUUGUAUUGGAAAAUGGAGAACCAAAGAGAAUUUCUGGUCGACAAGAACAUUAUGAAUCAAUGAUUAACUAUUACGUUUAAUUUUUAAACUGAUCAAACUUCUGAUUUAAAUGAUCAUAAUAUCAAGAGUUCUUCGCUGGUAACUGGUUUAAUAAAAAAAAUGAUUGCUUUGUGUAUAAA